CACCCCCGUACAGAAGUAAAAAGGACUCGCCGCCGCGUGUGCUUUAAUUUAACGAAUUUAAACAAAAAGAAAACCUAACAAAAUGAGCCAGUUCGCUUGGGUGACGCUGACGACAAAUGACACGUACUCCCUGGGUGCCCUGGUGCUGGCCCACUCCCUGAAGCGGGCCGGGACCGCCCACCAGCUGGCCGUGCUGGUGACGCCCACCGUGUCGGAGGCGAUGCGCGACAGACUUAAGGACGGGUACAAUGUUGUACAAGAGGUGAAUGUGCUGGACUCACAGGAAGCGGCGAACUUGGCCCUGCUCUCCCGCCCGGAGCUGGGCGUUACCUUCACAAAGCUGCACUGCUGGCGUCUGGUGCAGUUCGAGAAGUGCGUCUUCCUCGAUGCAGAUACCUUGGUCCUGCAAAAUGUCGAUGAGCUCUUCAAGCGCGAAGAACUCUCGGCUGCUCCGGAUGUCAGCUGGCCCGAUUGCUUCAACUCCGGCGUGUUCGUGUUCAGACCCAGCCUGGAUACCUUCGGCAAGAUCACAGAGUUCGCCAUAAAGAAAGGCAGCUUCGACGGCGGUGACCAGGGCCUGCUGAAUCAGUUCUUCGCGGACUGGGCGACGGCGGACAUCAAGAAGCAUUUGCCAUUCGUCUACAAUGUGACGGCAUGUGCCUCCUACUGCUAUCUGCCCGCCUUCAAACAGUUCAGAGAUAAGAUUAAGAUUUUGCAUUUCGCCGGCAAGCUCAAGCCCUGGCUGAUCCAGUUCAACUCUGAGACGAAGACGGCCGCCGUGUCCUCGGACUAUGCCCACGCCCUGGACCUUAUCCAGCUCUGGUGGAACAUCUUCUGUGAUACUGUGAUCCAGUCCCUGUCCAGCGAAAUGGCUGGUCUGGCUGGAGCCCUGUCGCAGCUGCAGAUCGGAGUGCAGCGGUCGCCCGAACAGGCCUACGAGAGUCUGAUGCGGCGCCAGUGCUGGGAGUCGGGACAGAUCGACUACUCCGGCGCCGACUCGUUCGACAACAUCUGGAAGAAGAUCUCGCAGACGCUGGACAAGAAGCCCGAGCAGGAGACCGACCAAACCGGUAGUUCAUCAUAGACACAACACAACAAAAUAGAAACGAACCUACACGUAGAACAAAACAGAACAAAACACAGCAGAAGAAACGCAUAAACCGUUCGUUUUUCGUCGUUUUGUUGCCACUUUUUU